GCAUCCAUGAAAUAGGCUUUGAGAAUUAAAAAUCUUGAAUCAGUUCAUGAGGGGUAGUGGCUCUUCGUACACAUCUGAAAGCAUCUUUCCUUGACAUGAAGUUUCCUGCUGGAGACUUUCAGACACAUGCUGAAAUCAGUCUGAGAGAGUACGUUGGGCAGUCACAGAACAUUUCUCUUGAUUCUCUUUCAGGCUAUCUUGGCAUUCUGCUGGAUAUACGUCCGUAAAUAUCAGAGCCAGCGGGAAAGUGAAGUCGUCUCCACCAUCACAGCGAUUUUCUCCCUGGCGAUUGCACUGAUCACAUCAGCUCUUCUGCCCGUGGAUAUAUUUCUGGUUUCCUACAUGAAAAAUCAAAAUGGUACAUUUAAGGACUGGGCCAAUGCUAACGUCAGCAGACAGAUCGAGGACACUGUACUGUAUGGUUACUAUACCUUAUAUUCUGUUAUAUUAUUCUGCGUGUUUUUCUGGAUCCCCUUUGUCUACUUCUACUAUGAAGAAAAGGAUGAUGAUGAUACUGGUAAAUGCACUCAAAUUAAAACGGCACUCAAAUAUACUUUGGGAUUUGUUGUGAUUUGUGCACUUCUUCUUUUAGUUGGUGCUUUUGUUCCAUUGAAUGUUCCCAAUAACAAAAAUUCUACGGAGUGGGAAAAGGUGAAGUUCCUGUUUGAAGAGCUUGGAAGUAGUCAUGGCUUAGCUGCCUUGUCAUUUUCCAUUAGUUCUCUGACCUUGAUUGGAAUGUUGGCAGCUAUAACUUACACAGCCUAUGGCAUGUCCGCAUUGCCUUUAAAUCUGAUAAAAGGCACCAGGAGCGCUGCUUAUGAGCGUUUAGAAAACACGGAAGACAUUGAAGAAGUGGAGCAGCACAUCCAGACGAUUAAAUCAAAGAGCAAAGAUGGUCGACCUUUGGCAGCAAGGGAUAAACGCGCCUUAAAACAAUUUGAAGAAAGGUUACGAACACUUAGGAAAAGAGAGAGGCACUUAGAAUUCAUUGAAAACAGCUGGUGGACAAAAUUUUGUGGUGCUCUGCGUCCCCUGAAGAUAAUUUGGGGAAUAUUUUUCAUCUUAGUCGCAUUGCUGUUUGUAAUUUCUCUUUUCCUGUCAAAUUUGGAUAAAGCUCUUCAUUCAGCUGGAAUAGAUUCUGGUUUCAUAAUUUUUGGAGCUAACCUGAGUAAUCCACUGAAUAUGCUUUUGCCUUUGCUACAAACAGUGUUUCCUCUUGAUUAUAUUCUUAUAACAAUUAUUAUUAUGUACUUCAUUUUUACUUCAAUGGCGGGAAUUCGAAAUAUUGGCAUAUGGUUCUUUUGGAUUAGAUUGUAUAAAAUCAGAAGAGGCAGAACCAGGCCCCAGGCACUCCUGUUUCUCUGCAUGAUACUUUUACUCAUCGUCCUUCACACCAGCUACAUGAUUUACAGUCUUGCGCCCCAAUAUGUUAUGUAUGGAAGCCAGAAUUACCUAAUAGAGAGCAAUAUAACGUACGAUGAACAUAAAGGCAAUUCAACCCUUUCUGUGCCAAAGAGAUGUGACGCAGAGGCCCCUGAAGAUCAGUGUACUGUCACCCGGACAUACCUGUUCCUCCACAAGUUCUGGUUCUUUAGUGCUGCGUACUAUUUUGGUAACUGGGCCUUCCUUGGGGUGUUCCUGAUUGGCUUGAUCGUAUCCUGUUGUAAAGGGAAGAAAUCGGUCAUCGAGGGGGUGGACGAGGAUGACUCAGACCUCAGUGAGGACGAGCCCUCCGUCUAUGCUGCCUGACAGCCCCCGAAGUCCAGGUUCCACAAAGCUGACUGAGCAUCUCUGUGCAUUUGUCAAGUGUCACACAUUAGGAUGAACUGACUAGCUUUCAUCAUAAAGAGGAGCAUGGCUAUUAAAAAAUUAUAUUUUUUAUGUUUUCUGAAGUAACAGUGUAUCAUAGAUUAACAUAUAAAACUGCUAUAAUAAUUCUAUGUAAAUACAAAGCCACCAGCUUCAUGAGGGAAUGUUUGUGGAAAUUUUUCUCUAGUGUAUAAUAGUGUUGAAUUGAUUAAAAAUCUUCCAGAAUUAAUACUCCCUUUUGUCACUUUUUAAAAAUAUAAUAAAUCACUUGUAUUUGUGCCUUUGGGUCUCUGGAAUACUGUGGAAUUUUGAAGUGUCUAUAUCUGAUUGUCUGAAAGUAAUAUUCACAGUAUAGCUGAUAAAUAAAUGUUGUUCCCUAUGCA